AAUAUUAACAAACAAAGUGGUUGGUGACUUGGGUUGUAAAGGUUUAAGACAUUAACAUCCCAAACCAAUUCCUCAAAUCGCCGAACCUAACCAAGGUUUCAGAUCCAACGCACUCAGAUCAGAUCUCUGUUGUUCUUCAUUUUUCUCAAAAUAGCCCCAGGUCAAGCUGGUGUCCUUACUUUAAUCUAUCUAAGAGCUCUACAAGUUGGUUUAUUUGGAUUGGAAUAUAUCCCGGUAUCUUCUUCAGGCGUGAAGACGAUAUAUAUUUAGCUACUGACUAUUUGUUGAUCCCGACGUGAUUUGACGACGGGUUUGAUUAAGAAGGCAGGUCCUGUGCCUGACAGCAGAUUAUGCAUUAGCUGUGUUAUGCACCCAAGUGAACUUAUGUUGUGGGAUUUGGUGACAACUGGUGAUAUUAAACAUCAUUUGGCUGGACGGAUUUUUGUUGGAUUAUACACAUGGAUUUAACUCGGCAUACAGUGGGAGAUGGUUCAGAGUGAAUUGGAGUUUGAGAGCAGUGAAUUUUCAGUGAUUAGUGAUAUUGGUAGUGAAAGCUUAGGCUCUGGCAUUCGUAGAGAACUAUCGUUUUCCGGUUGGUAUGAUGAGGAUGGAAGGGUCCAUUUGGAUCAGCAAUUAAGUAAUGAAGAUGUUUGUGUAGAAGAAGACUCUGAUUUUGAGUUACCUUUUCCUUAUAACAAUGAGCUGCAAAGCAGACAUUUAGAUAGAGAGAGAUUCUUUUACCAAAAGUAUCAGCAAAGGUGUUUGCAAAUGAAUGGUUCUGGUGCCAUGGAUGAUGAUUCUAUUUCUCAGAUAAAUAAUGGUUCUGUAAAGUAUGUUCCUUUUGACAUUGAAAACGACCCUGAAAGGGGAGCAAUUGGUGUUGACUCCAACAUUUCUGUGGGUGUUGAUGGAACUUUGGGAAAAGGCUCCCAGGAUACUAUUUCUGUAGCAAAUAUAUUGAAGACGUUGUUUUUCAUAUUCAUGUGGUACACUUUCAGUCUAUUUUUGACCUUGUACAAUAAAAGUCUGUUAGGAGAUCAUAUGGGGAAGUUUCCAGCUCCUUUUUUAAUGAAUUGUGUCCACUUUGUAAUGCAAGCUGUUUUAUCAAAAUUCAUCACCUGGUUUUGGUCUGAGAGGUUUGAGACUAACGUUGUCAUGUCCUGGAGGGAUUACUUUUUGAGAGUUGUACCAACUGCUCUUGGAACAGCGAUGGAUGUGAACUUGAGCAAUGCAUCUCUAGUUUUCAUCUCUGUCACAUUUGCUACCAUGUGUAAAUCUGCUGCUCCGAUUUUUCUCCUUCUGUUUGCUUUUGCUUUCAGGUUGGAGACACCAAGCUUUAAACUAUCAGGCAUCAUCUUAGUCAUCUCCAUUGGCAUAUUACUAACAGUUGCAAAAGAGACAGAGUUUGAAUUUUGGGGAUUUGUACUUGUUAUGCUUGCUGCUGUUAUGUCUGGAUUUCGCUGGUGUAUGACUCAAAUCCUUUUGCAGAAAGAAGCCUAUGGUUUGAAAAAUCCACUUACCCUGAUGAGCUAUGUGAGUCCAGUAAUGGCAUUGGCAACUGCACUUCUUUCCCUUGCAUUAGAUCCAUGGGAAGAAUUCCAAGAAAAUGAGUACUUCAAUAAUUCACGGCAUAUUACUCGAAGUUUCUUGCUGAUGAUUUUUGGUGGAACACUUGCCUUUUUUAUGGUACUAACAGAAUAUGUUUUGGUCUCAGUAACUAGUGCAGUCACGGUCACCAUAGCAGGGGUUGUUAAGGAGGCCGUCACCAUAUUGGUUGCAGUGUUGUACUUCCAUGAUGAAUUUACUUGGUUGAAAGGAUUCGGUUUAUUAACCAUUAUCUUUGGUGUCAGCUUGUUUAAUUGGUACAAAUAUCAGAAGCUUCAGAAGGGCCAUGUAGGUGACAGUGCGGCAGAGCAGCAUACAAGAGAUUCUGCAGCCAAAUAUGUUAUUCUUGAGGAGAUGGAUGAACAAGAUGAUGGCAUCUGAAACCUAUAUAGACCAAACAAUUUAAGUCCAAUUUACUGUUUUGUACUGAAGUCUGUUCUCCUGAAUUGUAUAUAUUGAGCAAUGAUUUCCAAAUGCCAAAGAGCACGGAACUAAACUUCAGCGAAUUGCUUGUUGGCCUGCGCUAUCUCAUCUUUUCAGCAUUCACAUGUUCAUGUUCAUGUUUCGUUGAAUUGUGAUGCCAAAGCUCGUUCAGAACUUUUCAGUAAGCUAAUUUUCAAGAUAUACGGCAAGCCUGCGACCAACAUCAAUGCCAAUUGUUUCUUCUAUUCUAUCAGAAUAAUAAGUGCUUGGUCAGUUACAGAUUUUGGCAUUCUUUGGAGCUGAUCAGAUUUUGUUGUAGAUCACAACAGGUUGUUAAUUGAUCAAUGUUCUUCAUUUAUGCUUUCAAGUGUUGUAUGAAAUUUUAUUUUUUGUCAUCCUAAAAGCAGUUCUUAAUUUCUUACAACACUUCAGAAAAUCUAAGCAUUAGUUUCAUUGUUCCACUAGGCAUAGCAUAAACCCUCUCAUUAUGCGGGAGGAUGGGGGGGGGGGGGAGCUGGAAAAAGUACAAUUAGGAUGUGAAGUGCUGGAACCCAAAAUCAAGUAUAUAUGACAAUUCGUUGAAUAAUCUCUCUAUACACUUAAUGGAGAUGGACAUAGAAAAAUUGGUGGUGGUAUAAAUCAAUUGGGUAAGUGUCAAAUAUUAUGUAAAAUUAGUGAUAGCCACACAUUAAUUUUAUAUUGUCAAUAGAAUAUGUAACAGGUGCUAUUUUAAUGCUCAUGCAAUCAAGUUAUUCAUGACAUGAAAUGUGCUUGCCAUUCAAGAUAUUAGAGCAUCUCUAAUGCAAGGUUAUUAUCAUUUC